AGGAGUGACAAAAUGAGUGGCAAAUACAGGGCGGUUUUCGACGUUUUAACCGGCUUUUUCUUUGGAGCCAGUGCUGUAAAAAUAUACUAUGAAACCAUCAACACGGAGGAGGCCAACGAGUCGUUUAUAUUUCGAAGAAAUAAGAAAAAAAUUGACGAGAUUCGUGCCUCGCAUGAAAACUUGAAAGUUGGUCAAAGCGAGAGAGUGAUACAAAGCGAUAGAAAUCUUAAGAAAGUCAAAACUCACGAAGUCUUCAGAUUUGGUAAGCCACAAGGGACGGAUUUAUUGUACUAUAAGAGUCACGUGUUGGCUUAUGACGCGGCGAGGAAAGUCCCACUCUGGGUAGCGGAGCAUCUGACGAAGGAGAAGUUGACGAUGGCAGAUAACCAGGCUGAGAGGUCCAAGUCGAGUUUCCAACCAGACCCAAAUAUACCAGAGAUAUUUCAAGCAAAGAAUGAUGAUUAUUUUAAAAGUGGUUGGACACGAGGGCAUAUGGCCCCAGCAGGUGACAACAAAUUUGACCAAAAGUCGAUGGACGAGACAUUUCUGUUGUCAAACAUCCUGCCUCAGAAUUAUGAAAAUAAUGCGAACUUCUGGUACAGAAUGGAGGUGUUCUGUCGUAAUCUCACGAAACAGUUUACCGAUGUUUACGUCAUCUCGGGUCCACUGUGGUUGCCAUGCCAACGGAAUGGAAAGAAAAUUGUACAAUAUGAGGUUAUUGGUGAGAACAAUGUCGCUGUUCCAACUCAUUUAUUCAAAGUCAUCCUAGCGAUUGAUUCGACCAAUGGUGCUGCGAUGGCUGCUUUUGAAGUUCCCAACGAACCAAUCACAUACGAGCAAAAACUAACAAAUUUUCAAGUUCCGUUGGAGAAGUUGGAACGAGACACUGGAUUUCGUUUCUUUCAAGAAACACGAGAUUUUAAGACCCGAAAUUUGUGUGAUUUUACCGGAUGCAAACUGAUCUCAAAAGAAACUAUGGAAAAUAUUCUGUCACAGAGAGAGACGAAAAACGCUCAGAAUACCAAAACAAACGGAGUGAUUUUAGAAACAGCUUGA